AUGUCUUGGUUUGAAAAUCCUGGUCAAGAAAUAUUUGAAAAACUUGACUUAACUGAACUAAAAGUUGAUGAGGCUUAUCUGAAUAUUACUUCAAAACUUGGCAGAAAAGUUGAUGUAGAGCAUCUUUCAGAAGAUUGUUAUAAUUGUCCAUUUACCAAUUUAACAUCCUUAGCUGCUAAUGGAAAUAUUCUGGUCAAAAUAAAUACUUUUAGGAAACAGCAAUUUCAAGCCAAGCGAGACGAAGCAAUCAUAUGCAGAGUAUCGCCUGAUGUAGGUGAAUUUGGAGUAUACAAUUUGUUAAUUGCAGAAGAUAAAUGUUUAUUUACAACAGCUAAAGAAGCAGUUAAUAUUUAUUACCCACUGAUUGUAAUUUUAUUUUCACUUGUGAUUUUAUUGACCCUAAUUAAUUUGUCUGGAAUAUUAUGGAAAAAAUAUCGAAGAAAUGUUCCUCAAUUGGAUGGUGGAGUAGAAAAAGAAAAAAAGCGAGUGAAAUCUCUAGAUACUUUCCGAGGAAUAAGUAUCGUGUUAAUGAUAUUUGUUAAUAGUGGUGGCGGUCAUUAUUGGUGGAUAGAACACGCUACUUGGAAUGGGCUUCAUGUAGCAGAUCUUGUUUUUCCAUUCUUUUUAUGGAUAAUGGGUGUUUGUAUUCCAAUUUCCAUACUAUCACAGCUACGAAAAAAUACUCCUCGCAAAAACAUUUUAUUAAAUAUAUUGCGUCGUUUCUUGAUCCUAUUUUUCUUAGGAGUUAUGCUUAACACUUCUGGAGGGCAGAAUAAUUUGACAUUGAUUCGAGUUAUGGGGGUUCUACAAAGAUUUGGAAUAUCUUACUUUGUAGUUGCUUCAGUAGCAGCUUUAAUGUUCAAAAGGCAUAGUAAUGUUUAUACAAGCAGGGUUUUAAAUCUUAUUCCUGAUUUAUAUGUAUUAUUACCACAAUGGCUAGUAAUCUUUCCUAUAGUAUUAACAUAUUGCUGCCUUGUAUAUCUUUAUGAAGUACCCAACUGCCCCAAGGGGUAUUUAGGACCUGGUGGGAUAGAAAGUAAUGGCUCAAAUUUCAAUUGUGUUGGAGGUGCUGUGGGAUAUAUUGAUAGACAAAUUUUAGGUCAGCAUAUGUAUCAGCAUCCCACAUCUAACAAAGUCUAUUUAUCUGGACCAUUUGAUCCUGAAGGUUUAUUAGGAUGUUUAACUUCUAUAUUGCAAGUUUUCUUGGGAGUGCAUGCUGGUGUUAUAAUUGUUUUUCAUAAGUUAUGGAAGGAUAGAAUGUUACGCUGGAUCAUAUGGGGUGUGGUCUCAGGAUUAAUUGGUGGUAUUCUUUGUGGAUUUUCUAAGGAAGAAGGCUUAAUUCCAGUGAAUAAAAACCUUUGGUCAUUAUCAUUUGUGUUUAUAACUGCCUGCUUUGCCUUUUUCCUGCUUUCUACUUGCUAUCUUUUAAUUGAUGUCUUAUUAAUUUGGGGAGGAAACCCAUUUCUAAAACCUGGAAUGAAUUCUACUAUUAUGUAUGUCGGACAUUCUAUUGCUCAUGCGCUUUUUCCAUUUCAUUGGAAAAUAGGAAAUAUGAAUACGCAUUAUAUUUUGACAAUAGAAGCUCUUUGGAACACGGGAUUAUGGGUCAUCAUUGCCUAUAUUUUAUAUAGGAAAAACAUAUUUUUAUCCAUAUAA